CUAUCAUCUGUAACAUAAAAAUUAAUCGACGCGUUUAAUACGAAUAAGUAAUUCGGUAAAGUGACGUGAAAAUGAACACGAUUUCGAUAUGGGCGGCCAUAUCGGUCUUGUUGAGCGUUUUUCAUUUGAAUGGAGCAGCUCCGGGGUCUGCUCCUUUGGUUAAAUUGGCUUCUUAUCACAUCUUUAAAAAACCUAUUCAUACCGUGAGUGAUAAAUUCUUGAGCUUUACCGCUGAUCCGACUACCAUCUCUCAUGUCGCCGAAUGCUCAUUGAAUAAUUCCACUUUAAAUAUGGCCAAGAGUUUAACUCCUGCUUAUUUCCGAUUGGCUGGAGCCGACUCUAAUCAUUUUGUGUUCCAAAGUAAUCCGAACGUUAAUCAUUCCGAGCUCGCUACUAAACCAAAAAUAUUCUCAGUAUCGAACGAAAACUGGCUACAACUGAACAAUUUCUUAUCCAAAACUGGAAUGAACGUAAUAGCUUCGGUGAGUGGCGUCUCAGAACCAACAAAUAAAGACUGGGAUCUCAGCAAUACGCUGGAAUUAAUUACAUUCUCCGCUAAACACAACAUGAGCUUAGACUGGCAGCUCGGAUAUGAAUUGCAAAAGUUGACGUCGCCUGAUGGUAAACAGAUGGGUCGCGAUGUGACCAGAUUACGAAAAAUUCUCGACGUUUUCCCAAGAUAUCGUAAAAGUUUGAUCAUUGGACCGGAUAUGACUAGUUUCAAGUCGAAAAACGACGCCAUAUUUGUUAGAAAUUACCUGACCGAAGCUGGAGACUCCUUGAAUGUGUUCACCUGGCACCCGUUUGCCAAAAAAAGCGAAGAUAAUGAAAUACUAGAAAUGUUAUCGAACGGUAUGAACUCGAUGGAUAAUUAUUUAUGGAUCAAAGACGGUCUUAUGAAAUCUUCUUCCAAAGGAGUCGUUCCCAGAAAAGAAAUUUGGAUCGCUGAAUCUGAGAGCACCGAAACAGUCUCAAAUUUAACCGAUUCCAUGACCAUGCUAAUGAGGAUGGGAUCAGCAGCCAGAUUAGGAGCAUCUGUAUACUUGAGAAAACCACAUUUGCUAUCAUUUUACGAACCUACUCCGGAAUUUUGGACAUCUGUUCUAUACAAAUCACUAGUAGGCAGAACAGUCCUAGACAUCAAGCAAACCGCUGGAAAUGGCACCAACAAGGUCCACCUGUUCACUCACUGCACUAAAUUCAUCGAGAAACCCGAAGAAAGCAUUAUUAAUCCGGAAAUAUUGUACGAGCCGGGCUCCAUCACCGUUUACGGAGUAAACAUGGCUUCGGAAUCUACCAGAAUUUCGUUCAAAAUCGGAGUCAAAGGAGACGAAACUGCUCAUCUUUAUAUUUUAACUCAAGACAACUCGAAUGCUGAUUUUCCGAAAACCUUGCUAAACAGGCAGCCUUUAGGACUAUCUGCGGAAAAUGAGCUACCACUGAUAUCACCUCGAGUACGCGACUCUCCUAAAUACCUACUGAUCCCAGCACGUUCGAUAUUCUUCGUCGUAUUUCCCAACACAAAAUGUCGCUCUUGUAUGGAACACGAACAGCCAGACGCUUUCAAAACCAAGACCAAAAUACUCGAAGAAGAAGACCUGGACACGAGUACUUUCACCAGUAACGUACUCGAAGCCAUAGACGAAGAUGACGACCAUAACAACGUAUACGUCAGUUACCCAAAACGAACCGAAAAUGGUCUCCAAUUAUCCUCCGAUCCGUCCUCAAAAUCAUCCAUCAACGGCAAUAAAAUGGAUCAGUCGAAUCCGCAGAUGAACGUGAAAUACGUGACGUUCUCAGAUGAAACUUGGCUUAAUCCAUUCCCAGAAAAAUUCAAAGAUGUUGUAAACAAGGAGAAAGACGGAUCAUACGACGUGAAGGAUAAAAAUAAAGCCGGAAUGUAUCGCGUUUUGGCUCAAGCCAUGUUGGGUAAAAGAACCAGUCCGAAUACUCCGAAAGAAUCGCCAAAGGCUGAAAAUCCAGCAACGAGGUUUGUUUUUGAAGACGAAUCCGAGUCGAAUCAAUUUAAACGAGCUCUCAAAUACCCUAGUAGAUCGAGAAGGUCUUCGGAAUCUGCCCCAAAUGGAGAUGAACCAAUACCCGAUGGCAAUGAUGAGACUAUUGAUAUGGAUUUUCAUUUAGGUACCCUGGAGAGUGAUAAUAUAUAUUUAUACGAGGGAACGGGUAAUACUGAAACUAGCUGGUUAAGAAAUUUGGCUUUUUCUAACCUGACUGCGAUUCUAUUGCCUGAGGAUUUCGAUAUAAAGGAAGAUACCCUCAAUGAUAUGAUUCCAACAGGUGUCUUCUUUAAAACAUCAACUCUCGAAAAUAUGCUGAAAACUGCCACAAAUCAAAAUUCCAUUGAUAUAAAGAAUCAAACGCUUGUUUUGUACGUACAUGAUGUACAAGAAAAUGGAAAUGAAUGGUACAAAAAUCUGACUCAUUUAGAUUUUCCUUCAAAGUUGGACAUGACGAUGUUCAAUGACGAUAACUACAAACAAGUUAUUAAUGACAACAAUGUAAAUGAUGUCGUUUAUACAACCGUUUUAUUCAAAAAAUCAACAUUUAUAAAUCUACUUAAAACGGACAAAAGUAGAACGAAACGAGAAAUCAGCAAUGAAAAUUCCACCGGAUUCCAAGAAUCUGCUAAUUUAACCAGCUCGGCUAGUUCAUCAAUGAACAACUUAACUGCGGUGAAUUCCACCUUGAAUUCUACUGAUAUGAACGACCCAAUUGAUAAAAUAAUGGAUCACCUGGUCAAACUAGUACAACUCUUCCUUUCACUGGAUUCGGCUCCAAGACCACAAGAACAAAGCAAUGGAUUGAAUAACACGACCGGUAGUAAAACCCCGGGUAAAAUUUAUCGUGUUCUGACUCUAAGCAUGUUGAAUAAAAAGAAUACCCCGAAUGUAUUCCAAUAUUAUUUAGAAAAAUCUGAAAAACCUGUAACCCGAUUUAAGCUAGAUGAAGAUGUUGAAACAGAUGAAUUUAAAAAAGCUCUCAAAGAUUUCGAUAGAUUCAAAAGAUCACCACAGUCAACUCCAGAUAGUAAACUAGAAUUGAAAGAUGAAGUGGAGGAACUCACUUUUGGCAGUAAUGAUAUGAUCGAGCCAGAACAAAACAUCAUGAAACGUAAGGAAAAUUCCGAAUCUGAAGAUAUCACCUCGUAUUCGUCAGAUGAGCAAGAUGAUCUAGAAACUCACAAACGUUCAGCCUCCUCAAAAGUCUACGCAGUUCCAUUAACCGAGGAUGGUGUACGAGAGGCAAUGAGAAAUGGCGAAUUCAGGGAAACUAUUCCAAUCGUCACAUUUAUCAGAAAACACGAGCUCAAUGGAAUUGUUGGAGCUGCAAAUGACCGAAUCAAGAGAGAAGCAGUCACAGAAGAUGCUAUUAAUCUCAAAGUACCAGAUGAUUUGACUCCACCAACUUCUACUCCAUCAGCAGAUAAUUCUUCAAACCAAACAAACGAAAAGAUAACAACUACUUCCCAAACUACUCCGAAGGAAGAAAAGACAACAACAGAUUCAUCCAAUGAUAUGAUCGAACAAGUAGAUAAAUUAUUGAAAGAAGUUAAAAACCAAUCGAGCAAUCUUCCAAAGCUAAAUCUUCAGCAAAUAAACUCCUCAUUACCUGACCUAAUCAUGGCAUCUAGUGGUCCUGAAGUAUCUCGAGGAUUACGAGAAGUUGAAGAUGCUCCAGAAACUGGUGAUAAUAAUGUAGGACACAGACACCUAAAAACCAUCGAAAAAUCAAACACUAGACCAGUCAGCCCAUUCCCAAAGAAACCAAAAAAUGGUAAAUCCAAAUCAGUAAAAGCCAUCAAAGGACAAUCAUCCGAUAAUGUUCAACUGCCUCAUCAAACUGCAGCCACCUCUAGUACUUCAUCACCUUCAACCGAAUCAAUUGUUUCAUCAAAACGUGAAACACCCGAAGUUGUAUCUUCCAUUCAAAUAAAAUCAGCCGAACCUGCCAAAGAAGCUGCUGCUUCAGCGGAUGAUGACUCCGAAGAUGAUGAUUUGACCAAAGAUUUAAUAACAACAACGAGCAAAUUCCAAUCAGAAAUCACAAAGAAUCUGCAAGACGCUUCACAGACAACUCAAUCUAAGCAAAUUCCAACCGAAGAAGUAGUUUCAUCCAAAUUGGAAGACCCUGCUUUAAAAGAAGUGGUCUCUAAACCAAUUAGCCCAUUAAAUGAAUCCAAUCAAAGUUCGUCAAGUGGUGUUGAAAAUUCGGAUACAGUAGGAGGACCUCACAAAAAACUAUUUCCUUUAGACACGUCAAAAAGAAACAGAGCCAAAUCUAUCAGACCACUUUCACCAUCAGUCAAGAAACCAAAAGUAACACCCGAACAGCUACGUUUAUCCUAUGAGCAGAAAAGAAAGGAAUUAAUGCAAAAGCGUCUAGUUCGAUUGAAUGAAUUACGAAAUAUGCUUAAUAUGCCCUCUAUACCACAAUCACGUCUCCAUAAAAGAGAAGCCAAUAUGUUCACCGAUGCAUUUGACAGUACCAAAUCAUUUUUGUCAGAAUGGUGGGAAAACUUACGAAGUUGGGAUCCUAAAGAAUUUGAUAGGGCUGAAAAGACAGAAGAUGACGAAGAACCAGAAUCUGGACGUAAUAAAAGACAAGUCAAACAAGAUGCUAAUGGAUUAUUUUUCAUAUACUCGGGUAAUCCAUCCAACAAAACGGUUGCAGGUCCUCAAGUUUAUUCAGCAGAGACUAUUAAACAACUCAGAGAACGCGCAAAAGCUAGUUUAAGAGAUGAUUAUCCAAAAGCUGUAGAAAUAGAAGCUAUGAGAGCUCGAGCCAACCAACCUCGCAACAGAUUUUAUAGAGACCUUCACAAAACCAUGGAAAAAUUCAACGAGUUAAAGGAGCAAAAGCAAACACAUGCCAAUGAGCAUCGCCAAAAACUGAACAAACAUAUCGAAGAAAUGAAACAAAAAAUAUCCCAUCAUGCUUCUCGCAUCAGCCAUCGCAAUAAACGAGAUUUACAAGCUAUCCAAGACAAAAUCCACGAAAUGAAAGAAAAGCACCAAACACUUCGGGACGAACUCCGACAAAAACUAGCUAAAAAUAUUGAAGACAUCAAACAAAGAAGCUCUCAUCAUAAACCCAUCUUUGCCAAUCGUAACAAACGUGACGUACAAAGCAUCCAAGAUAAAAUCCACGAAUUGAAAGAAAAGUACCAAGCACUUCAGGACGAACUCCAACAAAUACUAGCUAAAAAUAUUGAAGAAAUAAAACAAAGAAGUUCUCAACAUAAACCCAUCUUCGCCGAUCGUAACAAACGUGACGUACAAAGCAUCCAAGAUAAGAUCAACGAAUUGAAAGAAAAGAACCAAGCACUUCGGGAUGAACUUCGACAAAAACUAGCAAAAGAUAUUGAAGAAAUCAAACAUAGAAGCUCUCAUCAUAAACCCAUCUUCGCCAAUCGUAACAAACGUGAUGCACAAAGCAUCCAAGAUAAAAUCAACGAAGCCCGCAAGAAGAAACAAGAACACCGUCAAGAAAUGCGUAAGAAAUUCGAAAACGAACACCCUGCUCCUCAAGUUGCUCCAAAAAUGAAAUCCAAACCCAGCAAAAUUGAUGAACCUCGAAAUCAAGCCGUUGAUCAGGCCAGAAGCGACGAACGACCUGCUCCUCAAAUUGUUCCAAAGCUGAAGAUCAAACCAUCUAAAAAAAUUGACGAACCUCAACAUCAGACCGUUGAUCCUGUCAAAACUGACGAACAUCCCACUCCACAUCCACAAACUAUUUCCAAACUGAAGAUCAAACCAGUUAAAACUGACGACCAUCAUAAGGCUACUCACACUCCGGCCAAAACUGAUGAGCCUCGUCAUCAUGCUGUUGAUCCUCCUGCCAAAUUAGAAGAACCUAAUCGCGAUAUUAAUUCUCCAGCUAAAUCGGAUGAAUCUCACCAUCAAGCUACCAAUCCUCCUGCCAAAUCAGAUGAAUCACAUCAUCAAGCUACCAUUCCAGCAGCUACAAAGAUAGACAAACCUCAAUCUCAUCGUGAAGUUGCUGACAAACUACCCAGAAAGAUUCACAAACCCGCUUCUACCAAAGAGAAAUCUCAUCGAGUACAUAAACGAGAACAAAAUGAAAAUCAAUUAGAGGAAAAAGUUACCUCACCUACAGAUCUGCAAAAAGAUCUUCAAUUCCGUUUAUUUGCCGAUCCUGAACUCAAUACUCCUCAAAGUAUGUUAGAAGAUGGUAAUUUCGAUGAACUGGAUCGUCUCAGAAGAUCUAUAAGUAAUAAUGAAAUAUUUGACGAAGAUGAUGAAACAGCACCAAAAAUUAAAAACAAAGAUCAAGAAGGUUUCCAUUUCCCAAAAUUCAAUAAAAUGGAUAAUUUCAUCAAGGAGAAAACUCCCUCUGCUUCUACUUUUAAUCCUUUGACGGACAUGAAAAAUGGUAAUUCGAAAAUUGAAAUUGCCCCCGAGAAUUCUGGAUCAUCACAAUCAAACCAAACUUGCCAACUGACGAAUUACAACGUGUUUAAAUAUUUGUGGUGCGUGGCCCAUAGAUUAUGGUACACUUAUAUCAGAGCUUAAAUUAAGCAUUAUUCAAUUGUGCAAUUUUUUUUACUAUUCUUCUAAUUUUUUGUAAAUACUUGUUUAAUUUAUUUUGAAUUUUUUCACUCAAUAAAACACAUUUAUAAUUUUUUUAA